UUGGGGGUCAACCCACGUGCAUAUAUAUACCCAUAUAUAUAAAGACAAGAAUCUAACUAAUAGUAACCAUUCUUCCAUUCACCAAUUGGAUUAACUACAAACCUAUAGAGAAGCAUCAUGAAGUAUCUUUGUGCUAUCGUCGUAUUCUUGGCUUUGGCUUACCAAACAUCUGCACAAUCAUGCCAUCUUCGAGAAGUAGAUCUGUGUGUUGCAACAAUGAUCUUCCAUUACCAAGGCAGCGGUGUUCCUACCGAUGAGAGCGGAGUUGCGCAGUUAUGCGAAUCCAUCGACGAGACAUCUCAGUGUCUCAGGAAUUUCACCAACAAGUGCAUGACUCCAGUUCAACGUGAAGUUUUAGAACUGGUUACUGAAGGAUCACAGAAGACUGUCAACGAUUUCUGUUCUCCAGGAUCUGAACUCAGGGCCAAAUUCUUGAAACAUGCUAAGUGCCUCGGAGAGGUCCAUGGUGACGAUACUAUGCGUGACUGCAUGGUAGAUAUGCAAGUUGCAGUUGAAACCGUAACCACAACCAAAUUCGACAAGAGAAUCGGAACAUUAUGCUGUGGAUUCCGUCGAUUCUUAGACUGUGGAGAGAAAUUGACUGAACAAAAAUGCGGACGAGAGGCUGUUGAAAUGGGAAGAACCAUUGCUGAACUAGCUGUCACCGAACUUCCAAAUGUUGUGUGCAAUUCUUUUGACCCCAAUAGCUCCCAAUGCCAAGCCCUUUUGCCUCCUAAGGGAUCAACUCCCAAGGGAACCCAGUCUAGCUCCCAACUAGCUCGCCUGUUGGCUACAGCUCUUGGAAACUAAGUUAUAACCCAAACGUCUGAACUUUAGAAGUGGUGAUUAAGCAAAUUGGCAAAACCUGCUAAUUCGUUCAUCUAGGAAAUGACCACCAUUUCGCUUCCUGCAUAUAAUAAUUUCGGCUUCUAGGUCAUAGCUUCUGGGUGUUUAGAAAAUACAGUUAGCAUUUUUUUAUAUCCAGGAACAGACUAUAAAAUAGAAAUUUAUUUAAACAAUUAUACAUCUUUUUAUUAAAUAUCACCAAGGAUUCUGAUUUUAUUGACGUUUAUUAAAUAGGGCACGAAAAUUAAUCCUUUGUUCUUAAAGGAAAAGCUAUUGCGUGCGUUUGCUAAGAGUUGAGUUAAUUUGCAGUUUAAUUUAAUAACUCAUAAAAUUAUUUUAUUAUUCAAAUUAAAACCGCAACUACAAAAUAGAUUUUUCGAAAUAUUCGAAAAAAAAGAAAACUCUGGAAUUCACAAUGAGUAGAAUAAUUUACUUUUGCACUGCUAAACACUGAUUGGCAUUUCGUGGUUCAUUAAUCAAACCACUUUCCUUCAAGGUAAAAAGAUAUAGAAAGAGAUCCUGGCAUUAACAUCCUUAACUAUAUUAUAGAAAUUAUUGAUAUUAUUCGAGCUAAUUAACUGUAAAUGUAAACUUGCUAACCGAUAUAUUGUGUUUCUAAAUACUAAAGUCAAAAUUUAUCAGAGUAUUAAUAUAUUCUUUCUUUAAUACCGAAUUUGAUUUCGCAGUUUAGUAAAGAAACUGUCAUUUUUAAGCAAUAUUUAUAUUUACUUUUGCUAAAAUGUUUUAAAGUGUGACUUAUGACAAUGUGAGCUCUUUAUCGUUGAAUACUAAUAAAUAAUCAAUAGGUGAACUUGGAAAAAAUAAAAAUAUUUUUUCCCUUCCAUAAGCACUGAAAUCUAAACAGAUAAAAUAAUAGACUAUUUAAAGUAGAAUUUGAAAUUCUUGGAAGCUGUGAUCUAGAAGACACGCACGGAUGCUCGGUUUUUAGUGAAGAAACGAUAGCUAAAUUAUUAAAAUUAUGCAUUUUACUCGGACCUGCAUAAAAGCAUGGGCAUUUGUUUACCAAUCGUGACAUAUCAUAUUAGCUAAUAAGUCUAUAAUACUUGUUUUGACGAAGUAUCAGUGUAUGAUGCAUAAGAUUCGACAAGGAGUUUAAUAUUUAUUACUGAUGUCGUUUCCUGAUAAUCUUUAAGUAUUUAAAGAAUUUUUAGGAAAAGUGUCGAAGAUAAUCGUGAAUGAA